GUGGCUUCGCAGUUUUCCAGCACAAUGCAGUUUCGGCGCCUUUGGCCGCCGCUAGUGUUGAUUUGCCUCCACGCGAUCGCGUGUCAGGGCUUGAAGUACCAAAACUCAGGUGACUUCAGUGACUUCUGCAUCAACGGGCAUGUAGCACCCAAAUUCUUCCUCCUGGGGGCCCAGAAGAGUGCGACCACCAACUUUGCCUUCCGCUUGGGAGAUGUUGGCGCAAAUAUUGCUUGGGCGCAGCCGGGGCCGGAGGAACCGUCAUUCUUCUGGAAAGAGCCACAUAUCUUCAACCAGGAGAACUAUAGAGGUUUGACGAAAGAUCAGUGGCUGGCAUACUACCCGAAGUGCAAUGCAUCACAGAACAUGAUUGCUGUGGACGCAACGCCUGCUUAUUUGGCCAGUUACGAGGCUCCGGAGCGCAUCCUGAGCUGGUACGGACAUGAGGUAUCAGAAAAGAUCGAGUUCCUGAUUUUGCUGCGAGACCCGUUGGAAAGGAUGCACUCGUCCUUCCACCACCAGAAGAACCAGCCGUCCUCGCCCUGGGCAUCGAUGUCCUUUGCGCAGUACGUUGAUCGCGUGCUGGCAAACUAUGAGUCACAUGGCUGCCUCACAGGUAAUGUCUUCUUGGAGGAUGAUAACUACCACUGCAGCCAUUCUGAUGCCUCGAACGACCCCCUGUAUUUGUCGAUGUAUGCCGCCAACCUUUGGCCCUGGUUCCGUUUCUUCCGCCCCACGCAGUUUGUGGUGGCGCCCUUCAGGCAGUAUGUCACGCCAAAGGAGGGCACUCCGCGCCUCAUGGAAUAUGAGGCCAAGCGCGUGGGUGUGCGGAUCAAGCCUGGCUCCCACAUGUCGGCCAUCCCCAAGUCCAGCAAGUCUGCGGGUUUGAUCCGGGCAGCGCGGCGAAAGGCCGAGGAGACCCGAGAAGUUCUUGCAGCCGAGGCGUAUCCUGGCUUGGAGGAGGAGCUGGCCAUGAUUGAGACUGCCAAGGUUGAGAAGCUGCAAGCCGUGAUCGAGCGCUAUGCUGGCGCACACUUGCUAGCUGAACUCUUAGGACAAAGGAUGAAACAAGGCCUUGUACUCUUUGGCUUCGAGGGCGAUCCCUCCAACACCUCUGCCGUUGCAGAAUACUUGUCGGAGAAUUGGUGAGCUCGCUAGCCGCUAUCAUGUACAAAUCGCCAGCCGCCUGUUGCCAAGGGCAAUCAUGUUGCGGGA